CGAAUGUGAAUGAGCAGAAUGAAAAACAUUCACCAUAUUUGCUCUUGCAUUUAUAUUUUUUUCUGUUACUUUGUGUUUGAGUUGUGUGAUGCAUGUGGGAGUGGUCAGUAUUGUGAAGUUGAACUUUGGGCUCCAUGGGGUUCUUGUAACGCUUCAUGUGGAGGAGGGGUACAGGAAAGACAGAAGAGGAUUUGUUGUGAUGCUAACAAAUAUUAUUCACUGAAAGGAUGUUUACAAGGUUGCAACAUUCCAUUUAGUUGGUGGCAGGCAAAUGCAACAGACCACAAAACCUGUGGAAAAUGUCAAAAAGGAGGGACAUUUAUUACCAACCAAAAUCGGUGCAUCUGUCCAAAUGGCUUCGGAGGGUCUUGUUGUGAUUCAAAAGUGACGACAGCAAUACAGACACUAGCGAUUAAGAUUUUGUCAACUACACAGUCUAGCACAAGAUUUACUGCUACAGGGAAAGUGAAAGAUGAUUGUGCCAGCGGACCAUGUCAGUACGGGACUUGUCAUGAUACAGAUAAUGGGUUUAAAUGUAAUUGUGUUUUCUUCUCUGAAGGCAACCUAUGUACUAAUCUAAAAUCAUGGGCCAUACCUGUUAUGGCUUUAGCAUCAUUAGUAGUAGCUUUGACAUGGUGCUGUUGUUGCUGGUGGAUUAUAAGAACAGGUAAAAAGGACGAAUCAGAGAAAACAACAAAACGUAUGAAUCAAAAGAUAAAACCAAAACCAAUGGAAAGGCAUGGUGAAGAAUGGUGA